UACGGUGACGCGUGCGCACUGGCGCGCCCGCGCCAGCCUGACCAACUCCACAGUUCACACAUCACACCCCACCUCAUCUCCCCCACGUACCGCGCCGCCGCGCCGCUCGAUGCGCGCCCGCCACUUGACCGGCCGCACCGAGCGCGCGGACACGAGCCUGCCGCUGACGCGUCGGCCCCGGCGGCGGUAAGAAAGCCAGAGCCCGUCAUGAGGUUUCACCACCGGACCUGCUCCACCGACCCGGGCGCCGGUGCCCCAUAAACCCGAGAGCGACCACCACCGCUGGCCAGCCGAAACACAACGUCAUCCGCCCGCUCCGAUCCACACGCCGGCUACGCGCCUAGGCCGGCCAGCUAGCUAGCUCUGCUCGUCGGCAGCACCUGCGUCGCUCGCUCCGAUCGCGUGCGCGCUCCGGUGUCCCACGCCGCUGCGCGCGCAUGCAGGAGCCCGGGCGCCGGCCCGCGCCGCCGUUCGCGGGCGUCGACCUCCGCAGGCCGAAGGGAUACCCGGCGCCGGUGCCAGCGGCGGAGGCGGAGGAGCCUGCGCCUGCGCCCGCCGGCGACCCGUGCCCGCGGUGCGAGUCGCGGGACACCAAGUUCUGCUACUACAACAACUACAACACGUCGCAGCCGCGCCACUUCUGCAGGUCGUGCCGCCGCUACUGGACCAAGGGCGGCUCCCUGCGCAACGUCCCCGUCGGCGGCGGCACCCGCAAGAGCUCCUCGUCGUCGUCCUCGUCGCCGGCCCCACCCUCGCCCGCCAGCGCGACCAGGAGCACGAAGCGGUCGAAGAACUCCAAGCGCCGCCGCGUCUCCCCGGCCCCGGCCCCCGACCCCGCCCCCGGCACGGACGCCCCCGCCGCCACCAUCACCAGCGUCGCGAACACCGCGCCGACGCCCGCGCCGGAGACGGUAGCCGCAGCGACGGUUGCCGCCGCGGAGAAGCCGGCCGCGCCGGGCCCCGCAUCGACGGUUGCCGCCACGGAGAAGCCGACGGCGCCCCCGGCGGCCGUCAGCGGUUUCACGGACACGUCCACGGCGCCCGAGGUCGGGCUCGCGGACGUUGGCAGCGGCGUUGGGAAGGAGCUGCCUCCUGACCCGAACCACUUCGAGUGGCCGUCGGGAUGCGACCUGGGGUCCUACUGGAGCACCGGCGCGUUCGCCGACACCGACCCGGCGCUGUUCCUCAACCUGCCGUGAGCCCAUGAGCGCGCCAUGGCUUAAGUUAACCGAUCAACCAUCAGGACGCGCGAGCCAUGCGCUGUUCCUCAACCCCGCAUGAGUCCACUGUAGCGAUCUCUACCCCUCUAGUUCUUUUCUUUUAUUACUAGUGUUCUGCUGGUUUUAAUCGCCAUUUUUACUCCAAUCUAAAGGCUGACAUGGGAUACCUAGGCA